AUGCCCAUCUCCGCGGACGCCAUCGCUCUCGCCCGCACGCAUACGCGCCGCCGACGCAGACGCCGCCAGACUUUUCACAACUAUCAGAAUGAUCGGAACCUCCUUCCCAAAAUGGACGAGACUGCCGAAUUCGUCUGGAUGAAGCUCCGGCUAUGCGCCGUGGGAAGACGUUGUCCGGACGACUAUGAUGUCGAGAAGAUGAACGAGGAAGACGAGGGGGAGGCCGAGGAGGACGACAGUGAAAAUUCUGAUAAUGACGAGGGUUCGGCUAGGAAGACCACCUCCGGAAGUUCCUGCGCGCUGCGGGAGCCAAGAGGGCCCGAGCUAAAGGUGGUGCCUGACUCCGGAUGGAAGGACGAAGUAAAUCAUGAGGAGGAGGAGAAGGAGGCCGAGGAGUUUCCCACCUCCCGGCCUCUAUGUGGUGCAGACGACGACGACGACGACGACGACGAUAAUGAUGACAACGACAACGAGGAGGAGACUGAGCAGAAGACUCAGGACAUCCUCGGCUUCCAGCCACGGCGUACUGCGGUCGUGGCUAGUGAGAAGAGGCUGCGGGAAAUGGCCUCGAAGGACCUUCCUGUGAAGAGACCUGAGUAUGCGUCUGCGCUCAAGGUGGUUCACGACUCCGAGAAGGAGGAGGAGGUCAAUAAUUGCUUCGAAGGGUUACAAAGGGUAUGCAACGUUGAUCAAUCCUACUUCCCGAGGCAUACGUCGCAGUAG